GCGAGCUAGAGCGUUCGCCAUGGCGACGGCGGACGCGGAGUAGCCCGGGCGCCACCAUGUCCGGGUACAGGCCCGGGGUGCUGAUAGGCAACUGGAGCGAGGACGCGAGUUUGGAGGAGGAGCGCUUGAGGGAUUAUAUACAAAAAAGAGAACGAGGAGAACUUCUAAUACAGAAAAUAAAGAAGCUCCAAGAUAAUAUUUUAAAGAAGAUAGAGCUGUCGGUAUCUAAGGAUGGAUUUGUUCAUUUUGGAGACACUGUGAUGCUUUUGAACCCCGCUGACCAAUCCUCGGUGGAGAAUUCCGCUGGAGCGUGCUGCAGUCUGACUUUGGCAAUUAAUUUGGAUGAAAUAUCCAUAUAUUCAUUUGAAUCACUACAAGCCCCUUGUGGAGUUAGCGCAGCUGAGAGUGCAGACCCUGUGGGUCGAAAUACUUUUUGUAUUUUAAGUGUUGAUGGAAGUGCAGUGGAUGAACCAGUCAGAUUUGGGCAAAAGUUUGGUCUUGGGACAACAGGAGGGUUUCCUGACCCAAUGCUAUAUCUAGCAAGUGACCAUAAAUCAUUUAUAAGAUUUGCUAAAAAAUCUUACCUUCAGCAAGUAUUUUUGACAAGUGAGCGUUCCUAUUUGACUUGCUGGCAAGCUGCCUUCUUGGAUCCCCAGCUGCGUCUUGAAUCUGAAGGAUUUCCAGUUCCUGCAAACUCUAAAAUUAUUAUUACUCAUUGCCAUACUAAUCGGAGCUUAGCCAUUCCAAGGAACUUUUGGACAAGGUCUUAUUUUGGAAAAGAAUAUGAAGUAGUUUGUCACACUUACCUGGACUCUCAUAAAGCUGAAGAAGAUAAGAAUUACUGGGUAAUAGUUACAAAAAAUCCCGGCCCUGAGGAUGGUUUGAUGAUUGAUAGACCUGAGCCUCAUCCUGGUGGGAUCGCAAAAAAAGGGUCUUGUGAAGAAACAUAGAACAUAAAAAUCACAAACUACAGCCUACGGAGGUUGAUGACAUUCUGAUUCUUGGUUUUUCUGCUCAGAUUUUAGUUUUAGAGAUGUUUGUUUUAAAAAUGGAAAUGAAAGUCAACCAUUAGUAACAUUGCAUAGUCUCAUCAUAACUCAUUAAGGUUAUACAGUGGGCAAAACCUAAUAAAAUUUGAUGAAUGAUGCACAACAU